GUUAUUUUUGCACAAGUAGUACAACUUUCAAGGUGGCCUCAUUUGGUUGGAAAAUUUAAGCGUUCUAUAACAGAAAUUUAAAAAGUACAAGGAAUGCAAAAUCAUUGUAGCAUUGUGCCAAGUAUGGUUAGUUUGCUAUUAACAAGUCUCUUAGGUUUGGUACCGGCUGACAAUACCAACUGUAAUGCGACCGAAAGCUGGCUUAUACCACAGACUUCUGGAGUUUCUCUUCCUGUUACUGCAGUGACACUUGCAGCAACAAUUCUUCCCUUUACUCCAAGGGAGAGGGAUGUACAAUUCCUUCUUUUAACUAGUCGUAACCCCACUGAGCCUUGUAGAUUACGGAUAGGCGAUGUAAACGCUUUAAAUUCGUGCCCGUUUAAUCUCAAUUUAGAUUUAUACUUUAUUGUACACGGCUGGUUAAAUAAUAGGAAUUCACCUAUGUGUAAGACAUUGGCAGCAGCCGCAAUUGCUAGGAACAAUACAAAUGUCAUUAUUGUGGAUUGGGGUUAUAUAUCCAUGAAUCCCAAUUAUGUAUAUGCUGCUAAGUCAGUCGGGCCGGUUGGUGAGAUUGUGGCUAAAUUUAUAAAUUUCCUUUGUAGAAAUUACCCAGCCGUUUGCUAUAAGAUUAAAGUGAUCGGUCACAGUUUGGGUGCACAUGUAGCAGGCUUUGCUGGAAAAUAUAUUGAAUUCGGAAAAAUACACACUAUUUUUGGCCUGGAUCCAGCAGGACCUCUAUUCGAUUACUGUUUUUGUGAAAAACGAUUGUGUAAAACAGAUGCAACAUAUGUGGAGAGCAUGCACACGAACUGUGAAUUUUUAGGUUUAAGAGAACCCAUCGGGCACAGUGCCUUCUAUGUGAAUGGUGGAGAAAGACAGUACAAAUGCGCACCUGAUAUGUUUGGUUACUGUUCGCACAUGCAAGCGGUAGCGUAUUGUGAAGAGGCGCUUAAAGGAAAAAAGUACCCAUCCAUUAAGUGUGCCACAUAUACCGAUGCCAUAGAGAAUGCGUGUGGCUCAACGCUUAGUCCAGAGUUAAUGGCCUGGCCGACAAAUUUUAAUAUCAGCGGUAUAUUUUGUGUGAAUGCAACUGAUGAACCACAAUAUAAACUUGGUUUUUGGUAAUCGAUCUAUAUAUGGUAUAUACCGCAUUAUCAGUAAUCGAUCUAUAUAUGGUAUAUACCGCAUUAUCAUUUAUAUGUAUUAUACAUAGUAUAUAGCGUUUAUUUUCAAAUUAUGUUGGCAAUAAAAUAUACAACCAUUUUUAUACUCUUGUCUCAUGUUGCUAUAGAUUAUGAAAGAUUCACCUAACGAUUAAAAAAUGGGCCCCUUAUAAGUUAAAUGUAUAUGUCUUCCAAACUAAUAAAGUUAUACUACUAAAUAUUUGCAUAAA